UUUUUUUUUUGUUUUUUUUUUGUCUUCUCUCUCUCUCAAACGCAAACAAUUCCCUUUCGUCUUCGCGGCUAGGUUUCAUUUCUCUUUAUGUCAAAAGUUGUUCUACUACUGUAUUAGCUGAUCAAGAAUGGUGAUGGGAGCAGCAAUCCACCGUAGGUUUCUUCUUCAUUUCCACCCUAUUCUGAACCGUUGUAAUUUAGGUCGUUCAGUUUCUUCACUGCAAAAGCUUGAGCACGCUGUUAGAGUGGAAGUAGAAGCCAAAAACUAUGUUAAAAUUCCUGACAUUCUCAUUCCUUUGGAGACCUGCCAAAAUUCAAAUCCUUUUUCUUUCUUUUCUUCAUUUCCUCAGAACUUACAAGUGCAAAUUGUUGAUGAAAUGUUGCAAUCUUUUAUACCUAUCAGACCACGCUCCAAGCCCCAGCUAGCUUAUUCCUAUCUUCUUUCUUACACCCUUCAAAGCUCCCAUCCCUUCCCCCUUGCACUAGCUGUCCUACAACGAACUUUACGUUCUGGUUGCCUUCCUGUUCCUCAGACCCAUGUUCUUCUCUCAUCUGCUUGGUUGAACUGGCGAGGUCUGUCUCAUUCUGUAGCUAAUAUUCUACUUCAGAUGCAAUCUAUUGGAUAUCAUCCUGACUGUGGGACUUGUAAUUAUCUACUAUCAUCUCUCUGUGCUGUUGAUCAACUAGUGGAGGCAGUUAAAGUCCUGAGGGCCAUGGGUGGGGCAGGAUCUAUUCCUGAUUCAAAUAGUUAUGGCACUGUAAUUGGUGCAAUGUGCAGAGGGAGAAAGACUGAUGAGGCACUGGUUUUGAUGCAGCAAAUGGUGGUGCAAUAUGGUUUAACCCCAGGCCAGGGAACACUGGUGAAAUUGUUGGCAGCAUUACGUGCAAACAGGGAGAUAUGGAAGGCUGUUGAGAUGAUUGAAUUCCUGGAGAAAGAGGGUAAUUCUGUUGGAUUUGAGAGUUAUGAGUUAGUGAUUGAAGGGUGCUUUUUUUCAAGUGGAAAUCACUAA